CCACCUCAUUACGUCACUUUGAGAAGGGGGAGCAAGCGUUUUUUCUUUUUCUUCUAGUCAUUCUAUCUUACAGCAUGGAGCGUGUUGAUACAAAUACCUCUUCUACUGAUGAAAAACCUUCUAAGCCGAUACUGUUGGGCACUCAUAGCUCUAGGAAAUCUAUUAGUGGCAUAGAUUUUCUAAAUGGUUUAAAGAUCAUCACUAGCACAUCAACCAACGAUAUACCACCUUCACCUAUACCUUCUUCGGCUCAUACACCGGUAACUGAACAUCACAUUGCUGAUCAGAUUGACGAUUUUGAUAUUAAAGAACCCAUCGGCUAUGGGUCAUCUGCUAUUGUCUAUAAAGCUAUCUAUAAACCUUCAAACAAACCUAUGGCUUUGAAAAUGAUUGAUCUUGACAAGUUUGAACGAAACCAAAUCGACGAACUUCGACGUGAAACAGCUUUGAUGGCGCUAUGUAAACACCCAAAUGUGUUACGAGUGUAUGGAUCAUUUGUUCAUGGUUCAAAACUGUAUAUUGUAACACCUUAUCUGUCAGGUGGAUCAUGUUUGGAUAUCAUGAAAACUCGAUUUCCAGAAGGACUAGAUGAAUUGAGCAUUGCCACCAUCUUGAAACAGGCAUUAGAAGCCUUGAUUUACUUGCAUAAAAAUGGCCACAUCCAUCGAGAUGUUAAGGCAGGUAAUCUGCUCAUGGACGAAGACGGUACCGUCUUGCUGGGUGAUUUUGGCGUAUCGUCAUCUCUUAUGGAAUCAGGUGAGAAGGGUAUGCGAAAGACAUUUGUAGGUACGCCUUGUUGGAUGGCCCCUGAAGUGAUGGAGCAGGCUGAGUAUGAUUAUAAGGCCGACAUCUGGAGCUUUGGUAUCACGGCUAUUGAAUUGGCAACGGGACAUGCUCCAUUUGCAAAGUAUCCUCCUUUAAAGGUUCUCAUGAUGACUCUUUCCAAUGACCCUCCCACGUUAGAAAGAGAAACAACGAUGCACAAAUACUCCAAGGCCUUCAAGGACAUGAUUGAUAGCUGCCUUGUGAAGGAUCCCAACAAGAGACCCACAGCUGAAAAACUGAUUCAACAUUCAUUUUUUAAACAAGCUAAAAAGAAAGAAUACCUUGUCAAGGCUAUAUUAACAGAGCUACCACCACUGGAGCAAAGGCCACGUAAAAAGAUACCACAAAAACAGAUCACGAUUACAAAAAUAGAUGAUGCGUGGGAUUUUGGGGAUGAAAAUCAUCACGAUGAGGAUAACGAGGCAAUAGACCAAAAUAAUACAGAGUCUUCUCAGCCAAAUACUCAAAGCCAGAAACAAAAGAUGAGUACACCCAAGCGACAUAUAUCAUUUGGUGACGUUGUUAUUCGCACUAAUAGUACCAAUAUUCACCCAGCUGAAUCAAGCAGCACAAGCAUAUCUUCUACCCCACCAAGAAAAUCUCGCUUUGUGAUAGAAGAAACUGUGCGAGAUCAUACGGAUACUUACAGUUCAUCUGUUCGAUCGUCAAGCCCUAUGCCUGAAGAUAAAGAUGCUGACCAUCCUUCAUGAAAUUGUUAAGGGACGAUUCUAUGUGAAUCACCCCAAGAGUGCUCCGACCAUUGUGACUGAAUCGCCCCAAUUUGAAGAUUCUCAAUCACUUCACAAAGUCGCAAGUC